GGGAAGGGGGGAGACCCGUCCGAUUCUGUGCCGGCGGAUAUCGUUACCUACAGAGCUGGCGCUAAGUUCCCAGUCCGCCGCCCCUGAUCACGGCAUCCUCAGAAUGCGGUAUUACCCCACGCACCGCGCUUCACGCGCGCGGACCGUGCGCUUCCCUAACGACAUACUCUUCUUGGAUCACAUUCGGCAGGGUGACCUGGAACAAGUUGGGAGGUUUAUCCGGGCGAGGAAAGUGACGAUCGACACCAUUUACUUAUCAGGUAUGGCCGCCCUGCACGAGGCGGUGCUUUCCGGGAACCUGGAUUGUGUAAAGUUACUGGUGAAAUACGGAGCGGAUAUUGAGCAGCGGGAUGAGAAUGGUUGGACCCCUCUGCACAUGGCCUGCAGCGAUGGGCAUCCGCACAUUGCCAGGUACCUCCUGGCCCUCGGGGCCCGAAAGGACGUCAUAAACAGCGACGGGGAAACGCCGAGCGAGCUGGUAGACUCGGACUGCGAGGAGCUCGUGCAGAUGUUCAGGCCAAAGGAUGUCAAAAAGACAGCUGAAUGACCCCCCCAAUAAGCAGCCGGCAGGGGGUAUUCUCUUUUUUUUUUAAUUCGCUGCCCCCUAGUGGUUGGGGACUUAAUGGUGGACUGCAGAAAAUUCUUCUGAAUCUGUCUCGCUUAAAAAAAAAUAAUAAUCAAGAAAUGGUCACAUGGGGUAUCGGGGUGGGGGGUCCGGAAAUACAUACCCCCAGCGUGGGGUUACCCGAGGACUGUACCCCGUUACCGGAAGACUGACUCACCAUGAACUCCCACAGGAUACAAUGUAUGUCUGCACGCGGAAUGCCCAGAGAUGUACAUAUUUUUAUUUAUAUUGUCUGAGAAUUAACCCCAUCGACCCAAAUUAAAGGAACGGCUUUUGCGUUGUUA